AUGGCUGCAGUACGAGGCAAAAAAAAAGACAAAGAUUUCAAAAUUGAUAAUAAAAGAAAUGCUAAAACAAAUAAUAAAAAUAAUGAGAAAACUGACAAUAGGAAGACCGCUCAUAAAAAGAGGGAUGAUGAUUACAAUGAUGAAGAUAUUGAAAAAAGCAAGAAUAAAGUAGAAAAGGCUGAAUAUAGAACCUACCCAGAUAAUGUUGGAAAUUUUGAAUAUGAUGAUGAUGCUAAUAAAGACACUAGCAACAACAAGGCUGAUGAAAACGAUACGGAUAAUAGCGUUGAACUAAAUGCUAGCAAAGCUGAGAAUAAUGAUAAGAUGAAUAUUGAAAAAAAUGGAAAAAUGAAUAAAGUAGAAAAAUGUAUUAGUGAUGAUGAAGUACCAACUAGAAUUGACAACACAAACGAGAUAUCUAUCGAUAGAAAGCUUAAAAAUGAAUGUGAAAUCUGGAUAAAAAAGGUAGACAAAUUGAGGAACACGGUAGUAAGUCAAAUAGAUUUGAAACAGACGAAAGAGGGGCAUCAGUUAUUACCAAGACUCUGUCGACUUGAAUCAUGCUUGUAA